GGAGAUCUUAUUAUCUUAUCCUUGGUGAGUUCCUUACAGUCUCUCUCAUGGCGUCUGGUAUUGCAGUUAGCCUUUCAUCUUACUCACUUAUCCAAUACCAAUUGAAAACCUGCAAAUCCACAUCUAAACCCAGUUAUUUUCUUCAAAAUUUCCGGUGUGAGUGUCUUCGAGCUACCAAAUCCUCUUCUCAAACCUCCCUUUGUCAUCCUAACAACCUUUUUUCCACUGAAACCGCUCACCCAUGUAGAAAUUGCUUCAUUACUCACAAAGCAACUGUACUCUGUGCUAGUUUUUCCCAAGAGCAGAUUCCAGACCUCCAGGCUCUACCAACCUCGCAACUAAACCAGCUUCCCAUGAGGAAAGACAAUUUUUUUGGGGAAACCAUGAUUACCCAUUACCCAAAUUGUUCAAAGAACCAACUCCCAAUUUACAGAACUGUUUCUUUUGUCAAAAUUGCGUCUACCCAUUUCUCAGAUUCUCUUAGAAACCAUAUUUUGGUUCUCGAAAUGGCUUCUUUUCUUAAAAAUUCUCUUAAACUCUACCUUUCCCUUGUGCUACUGGGCGUCUCUGCUCCAUUCCCCAGCUUUGCCAUUGAAGAAACUAUACGAAAUGAGGAGCUCCCAGGUAAAGUCAACCUGGAGUCCAUUCUAAUUGCAAUUGAUGAUUUUUUCAACAGGAAUCCAUUUUUUGUCUCUGGAGUUACUUUCAUUUGGCUUGUUGUGAUUCCUCUAACUCAAAGAUACCUGAAGAAAUACAAGUUUAUCUCUGCGAUCGAUGCUUUUAGGAAGCUCCGGGACAGCCCAAAUGCCCAACUUUUGGAUAUUAGGGACAAAAGGAGUUUGCUAUAUCUCGGUUCUCCCAAUUUGAAGAUUUUAAAGAAGAGGGCAGUCAAGGUUCAGUUCUCUAAAGGAAAAGAAGAGGAUUUUGUGGAGGAGGUGUUGAAGAAUUUUAAGGAUCCACAGAAUACAACUCUCUGCAUACUUGACAACUUUGAUGGUAAUUCGAUGGAAGUAGCUGAGUUAUUGUUUAAGAAUGGUUUCAAGGAGGCUUAUGCCAUCAAAGGUGGGCUUCGAGGAAAGGACGGGUGGCAGGAAAUACAGGAAACCCUUUUGCCACCAGCUGUUCAUGUUUUCCCGAAGAAGAAGGGUGACUCAUCACAGCAACUUGAGGUAAAUGGGGGUCUCAAAAGACAGACUGUUGAGAAUGGCCAAGAACCCUCUUCUCCAACUGUUCAUACAAGAGGAAUCAAAAUGGAAGCAACUGGACAAAUAAAGACGACGGGAUCUUAUCCACAGACAAAUCUUGACUCUGGACGACCGUUAUCUCCAUAUCCAAAUUACCCAGAUAUGAAACCACCUUCUUCCCCAACUCCAUCGAAGCCUUCAAGUUGAAGCUAUUGGACCAUUGCAUGACAUUGGCAUAUCUGGAAGAACUUCUCCGGACCAUGUUUCAUUCUCUUCAUUGGUUUAUUAUUUCUAAGUUAUAGUUUAUUUAUUUAAACUUUUAUAUUUGCAUUUUCUCCUUUUAGAAUUACAAAGGGGAUUGUACCGAAGAUGUGAGGAGGGAUGUGAGAUUAUUUUACUUAUUGCGGGAAUGUUAAACGUACCCUCCAUUGCUCAGUGAUCAUGAACACCCCCGGGGCAUUUUCAUUCAUAUAUGACAUCUGCUGGAGUAUUGGCCUUAAAAUUUUAACAUGGGAGCCCUGUAUUACUAUGAUCAACCAUGGGGGAAUGGUAGGGUUUUUAUUUUGCUGUAGGCAUGUUGCUGGAAUCAUGUCGUCAUUAUCAAUUAUUUUGAAUCUUUAACAUGAAACCUGUUA